GAAAUUGCAUUAAAAGACAAGAAUAAUGAGCGAGAGUGUGAAAAUGUUAACAUUGAUUACAUGAACAAAACCGUGGGAUCCUAAUUUUGUUGUAACUUGUUAUAACAUGGCAAGAACAAGAAUAGCGUGUUGUGAUCGAUGCGAAACGCCUUUACGUUUAGCUGUCACUGAGCCCCUUCUUUAAAGGUGCCAUUAUCGAGGCACACCACUUUACGAGUCCUUGCUCCAUCUAGUUCAUGCCCCCACUAUUUAACUCACACGUUACAUACAUUCACAUGUUCAUGUCAUGGUCCUUGAGAUAGAGAUAUAGCUAUAGCUAGUUCCUGAGAUACUUGUAUCUAUCUAUUUAUCUAUCUAUCGAUCUUUCUGCUGUUGUUUUGUUUGGCAAGUGAUGGAGAAAUGGAGUGUUUCGACGACGACAUUAGCGGCGAGCACGGCGGUAAUGGGGUGGCUGUUGUUGGUGGUCAUGGGAGGUCCGGUGCUUCAUAAGGUGGGAGGAUCAAGAGGUUGGAUUGAUCAUGAUGUCAACUACACUGAAUGGUCUUCUCAACAGCAUGUCUAUGUUGGAGAUUGGCUUUUGUUCAUGUUCGACAAACGUUACUUCAACGUUCUGGAAGUGAACAAGACAAGCUACGAGAAGUGCGAAGAGAGGGAUUUCAUGAAGAACGUGACGCGCGGUGGCCGCGACGUGGUGCAGUUGACAGAGGCAAAGACCUACUACUUCCUCUCCGCCGGAGGAUACUGUUUUCACGGCAUGAAGGUUGCUGUCAACGUCCAACAACACCAGCAACCCGCCGAACCCUCUCCGGCUCCGGCUCCGGCUCCGUCGUCUGCGGCCGUGUCUCCUGCUUUUUGGCCCUCCAUCGUCACCGGUGUUUGGAUCAUGGUUGCUCAUGUCAAGCUGGUUUUGAUGGGCUAGAGUAUAUGAAUGAGUGCCUUGUUAUUGCCUUUGAAAGAUGAAAACCAUAAAAUGGCUUUGUAAUUGCUUACUUUCUGCAUGCAUGUUAAUUACUUCAACUAGCCCAUGCUAGCUAGAUGCUUCAUUAA